AUGCUUCUUCCUAAAGGCGGCGUUACGUGGAAGUCAGCGAAGGCACAACUCCCACCCACGAGAGCGAUAUGGGUCUUCCUCACACGGACGCGGUUCUUACUAUGCGUAGCACUGGCAGGAAUAGUCUUAUUACUAUGGAGGGGAGUUAGCACAUCCGCAUCGGAAAUGCAAAGAUUUUACUGCUGGGGACCUUCAAAACCACCAAUGCAGAUGACGCCGAACGAGGCAGCAGAUUGGAACGCGCAUUUACAAACACCAGUCAUUUUCAACCACCACGAGCCGCUGGUGAUAAAUUCCUCUACAAUUCAACGGGUUGACCUCAACCCCAUUCAAUCGACCCCAAAGGCAGUCCAGAAUGAAGAACGAGUCUUAAUUCUGACACCCUUGCGAGAUGCUUCCGCCUAUCUACCCAAAUACUUCGACCUUCUCACCGAACUGACCUAUCCUCACCAUCUCAUAGACCUCGGAUUUCUGGUUGGGGACUCGACAGAUGAUACCCUUGCCACCCUUUCGGCCGAAUUGGCACGAAUUCAAAAGACGACAGACACAUUGACCACACCUUUCAACAGUGUUUUGAUUGUGGAGAAGGAUUUCGGGGUCGUCACAACUCAAUCCGUUAAUGACCGCCACGCUUACGCAGCGCAAGCCCCGAGAAGGAAGAACAUGGCGAGAGCUCGGAACUAUCUGCUAUCUGCAGCAUUGAGGCCAGAGCAUUCGUGGGUGUACUGGAGAGACGUGGACAUCGUGGACUGCCCAAAGAAGAUCCUCGAGGACUUCGUUGCACACGAUAGGGACAUUAUCGUUCCGAAUGUGUGGUUCCACCGCUACAAGGACGGAAAGGACAUUGAGGGCAGAUUUGACUAUAAUUCAUGGAUCGAAUCCGACAAGGCUCUCCGACUAGCAUCUACACUUCCAAAGGACACAAUUAUUGUUGAGGGUUAUAAGGAGUUCAAUACCGGACGUACAUAUAUGGCCAAAAUGGGAGACUGGCGUCAAAACAAAGACGAAGAGGUCAUGCUCGAUGGCAUUGGAGGAGUAAAUAUUGUAGUGAAGGGUGAUGUACACCGAUCAGGAAUCAACUUUCCCUGCUAUGCCUUUGAGAAUCAAGCAGAAACCGAAGGGUUCGCCAAGAUGGCAAAAAGAGCAGGAUACGACGUCGUUGGGUUACCAAACUACGUCGUAUGGCAUGUAGAUACAGAGGAGAAGCCGGGCAACACGUAA